ACGGCACUCACCAUUUGUUUCUUGACUGUGAUCAAACAUCCGGGCCAUGAAUGCCAGCGACUCCGCAUAUCGUUAAAGGAGUAAACCACACGGUGUCUGGACGGCACGUAUUUGUGCACUCAAGCUUGGUAUGAACGUUCAAGACCGACGAGCCAUUGUCCAAGCAAGGCGUGUAUUCUUCACAUUUAAUCCAUCAUCCUAUACAACCUGAAUACACGAGCCAGAGGUAAGUUCCCAAAAAAUGUCGUAUCGCAGUGGCAGUCAGCCAGGCAAUGUAUGCACAGUCAAGAUUAAACGCAAUGGGAGCAACAUGAUGAUGUUCGUGAUCGUUCAUCUUCCAAAUGAGUGUAUUUUGACGAUGAAACGUGCAGGGCGAUAUGCGAGUGAAAAGUAGUCGCUAUGGAUGAUGCACGUUCGGUGCAGAAAGCAGCGUCGAGCUGCGCAAAAGCUGUACUGCACAUCCAUGAUCGGCUGUUUCCGAAUACCCUAUGCAAUGAGUACAGUAGUGAAGCGACCUGCCAUACGCAUAUAACCAUCGAACAACGCACGAUCUUGACACCACUUUCUUUUUGCCUCUCUCUGCCAAACAGUCACUUUAAUAUCUUUCGUUUCUACGAUAUCCAUCGCCAUGUCGUUCGAUAAUAUUCGUCAACGUUACGAAGCAGCAGGUCAAGGUCACCUCCUCCACUUCUUGCCUCAACUCUCCGAGUCCGAACGCGCCUCCCUGCGCUCUCAACUCGAAGAACUCGAUAUUGAACGCGUCAACCGUAUAUACGGCAAGGCGAUUUCGUCUGAGACGGAAGCUACCGAGAAUACAGGCAAGGAAGCCAUUGAACCUCUCCCUGAACACGCUGCAGACUCUGUCAUCGGUGAUCAGGCAAAGGAGAGGGAAUGGCGGGCCGUUGGUCUGCAAGCUGUUGCACGAGGAGAAGUUGGCGUUCUUCUCAUGGCGGGCGGGCAGGGAACGAGGUUGGGAAGCUCUGCGCCCAAAGGCUGUUAUGAUAUCGGGCUGCCAUCGCACAAAUCUCUGUUCCAAAUUCAAGCAGAGCGAAUUGCACGUUUGCAAAUCAUUGCCGCGCAGGAGAACGGCAAAAACCUCGGUUCUGUGAUUAUUCCCUGGUAUGUUAUGACUAGCGGACCCACGAGACCCUCGACCGAAGCGUUCUUCAAGAAGAACUCGUUCUUUGGACUUGAUCCCAAGAAUGUCAUUUUCUUCGAACAAGGUACUCUGCCUUGUCUCACCAUGGAGGGCAAAGUCAUUCUUGAAGCACCUUCGAAGGUGGCCGUCGCACCAGACGGCAACGGUGGCCUCUACGCCGCAUUGCGUCGUCCCCUUUCUCCAGACGACAAAUCUCACACGGUCCUCACGGACUUGGCCGCCAGGAAUAUCCGCUUCAUUCACAGCUACUGUGUCGAUAACUGUCUCGUGAAGAUCGCAGACCCAGUCUUCCUGGGAUACUGCAUUUCCAAACAAGCUGAUUGCGCUGCUAAGGUUGUCCCCAAAGCAUACCCUACUGAGUCAGUCGGCGUCGUCGUUCGUCGAGGGGACAAGUUUAGCGUUGUGGAGUAUUCCGAGAUUUCGCAGGAACAGGCGGAGAGAAGAGACCCCAAGACUGGUGAACUGGCGUUCCGUGCUGCUAACAUUGUGAACCACUUCUACACCACCGAGUUCCUCAACGAAGUUGAAUCUUUCGAGGAGGAAUUUGCGUUCCACAUUGCUCGCAAGAAGAUUCCUCAUGUUGACAUGUCCAGUGGCGAACUUGUCAAGCCAAGUAAGCCAAAUGGCAUGAAACUCGAGAUGUUCGUGUUCGAUGUAUUCCCCUUCACAAAGCGCUUUGCCGUCCUUGAAGUCGCUCGUAACGAGGAGUUCAGCCCGCUCAAGAAUGCACCCGGUACCGGUUCGGACGAUCCUGAGACCAGUCGUCGCGAUCUUCUUGCUCAGCAGAGACGAUUCCUCGAGAACGCCGGUGCAAAGGUUGCGGAUGGCGUUGAGAUCGAGGUCUCCCCAUUGGUUAGCUACGCUGGCGAGGGUCUUGAGUCUGUCAAGGGCAAGACUUUCACGAGGUCUGGUUUGGUGGAGAGUGUAGAGGAGCUUGAUGCUCUUGUCUAAGAAGUUGAAUCAAAGAUUGCAUGUACCUGGUUUAGACCGCCUUCCCGGACUCAUUCACAAAUCGCAUAGACAGUCCUCUUCUGUAUACCAUAGAUUCGUCGUAGUAGAGAUCGUGCGUCUCGUUUUUCUUACAGCCUGGACACUUUCGUACUACCUCUGCGGACUGCAAAUACCUUAUAUCAGGAUGUUCCCAACGCAUACUCGAGAGAUCCCACCAUUCAGAGAUCUGGACAGAGAAUUCGUCCUUUCAUGCGAUGCGACAUUCCGAUACAUGGUAAACAGGAUGAGUGCUAACCACCAACAGGCCCAUCAGCCAACUUUGUACCUCGUCUCUCCAGCUCCUCUCGUAACGAGGCGAACAGUCGUUGUGUCCGCUCAGCGUUUGG